UUUUCGAUUGGCGUUUAGCAGAAAGCAUUCCUACUCGACAUUACCUUCUCGAGUUCCUGCCGUGUGCGACCCGUAAAUACGCCGCAGUCAAGGUGGCCGUAUCAGAUCAAUUAACAAGGUAUAUAACAGCGAUAUUGGGCCGUGAGGAUAUUGAAAAAAGUGCCGAGUUAUUUUAUUAAAUAAAUUUGACCAUGGCUGCGAUGUCUGUGAUCGGUAUUGACUUCGGAAACGAGAGCUGUUAUGUCGCCGUAGCGAGAGCUGGCGGCAUUGAGACGAUCGCCAACGAUUAUAGCCUGAGAAGUACACCAUCAUGCGUAGCGUUCAGUGGAAAAAAUCGCAUACUUGGCGUUGCGGCGAAAAACCAAAUGGUUACGAAUAUGAAGAAUACAAUAUCUGGAUUCAAGCGACUUUUGGGUAGAAAGUACAACGACCCUCAAGUCCAACGAGAGCUUGGGAGCUUGGGUUACAAAAUAUCUCAGCAGCCAGAUGGCAGCAUUGGAAUUCAUGUACACUACUUGGGCGAGGAUCACGUAUUUUCACCUGAACAAAUAACAGGGAUGCUGUUUACGAAAUUGAAAGACGUAUCCGAAACUGCACUGCAAACUGCUGUCAACGAUUGUGUCAUCUCUGUACCAUCCUAUUUCACUCAGGCUGAACGUCACGCACUAUUGGAUGCUGCUCGUAUUGCAGGGUUAAAUGUAUUACGUUUAUUUAAUGAGACAACUGCGACUGCUUUGUGCUAUGGUAUCUACAAACAGGAUUUACCAGCCCCUGAAGCCGCACCACGAAACGUUGUAUUUGUAGAUUGCGGCCAUGCUAGUCUCCAAGUAUCCGUUUGUGCAUUUCAUAAGGGAAAGCUGAAGAUGCUAUCAAGCGCCGCUGAUCCUCGGCUUGGUGGUAAAGAAAUUGAUUCAAUACUAGCUGAUCAUUUUUGUAUGGAAUUCCAAACUCGUUACAAGGUUGACGCGCACAAUAACCCCCGUGCCUAUCUCAGACUACUCGCAGAGGUAGAAAAGUUGAAGAAACAGAUGUCGGCAAAUUCCACCACACUUCCUCUUAAUAUCGAGUGUUUUAUUGAUGAAAAAGAUGUUCAUGGAGACUUGAAGCGUGCAGAUAUGGAGAACAUGUGUGCUCACUUGUUUAAACGUGUCGAAAUUACGCUCAAGCAAUGCUUUAUAGACUCCAAGCUGAAACUGGAAGAUAUCCACUCAGUGGAAAUAGCUGGAGGAUCUAGCAGAGUUCCAGCUAUAAAACGUUUGAUCGAACAGGUGUUUGGUCGAGGAACUUCUACGACUCUGAACCAGGAUGAAUCGGUUGCCAGAGGGUGUGCAUUGCAAUGUGCAAUGCUUAGCCCUGCGGUUCGUGUCCGUGAAUUUUCAGUCACUGACAUUCAGCCGUAUCCUAUUAAACUAACGUGGGAUGCUGCUGCUGGCGAAGAGGGGGAGAUGGACGUCUUUGAAAGAAAUCAUCCUGUUCCAUUUUCGAAGAUGCUCACAUUCUAUAGAGCUGAACCAUUUACUCUUACUGCCAGUUAUACUUUUACUCCACCGCAUUACCCAAUCGAUCAUAUCGGUACGUUCGUAGUAAAGAACGUUAAACCAACUGCGGAAGGUGAAUCGUCGAAAGUCAAGGUGAAGGUGCGGAUUAACCUAAAUGGAAUGCUAACAAUUGCAUCUGCUUCACUUGUGGAAAAGCGGGAACCUACCCAGCAAGAAAAAGAAGAUGAAGAAAAACAGCAACAAAAGGAAAAUAGCAUGGACAUUGAUCAGCAACAAGCAGAUGCCAAGAAAGGAAUUGACAAACCUGACCAGGAAGCUCAAGCAAAUGAACCACCAGCGCCUGAGGUGAGUGCAGAUAAGAGACGGCGGAAUUCUGAUGCGGAAGAUGGCAGUAGGGGGGUGAAGGGGCCCUCCUAUUCCUCCAGGAUUCUCUCUUGGCUCGGCUCGAGUAAUGAUAAGAACGAAGAUGGUAAAGGAAAGAAGAAAGGACCAACGGUUCGUUCUAUUGAACUUCCUGUUAUUUCUAAUGUUGGCGGACUUUCGCAAAGAGAGUUGGAUGCUGCAAUUGAGAGAGAGUGCAAAAUGAUCGCUGAAGACAGACAAGAGAAAGAACGAAUCGAUGUGCGGAACGCGCUUGAGGAAUAUGUUUAUGAACUGCGAGCCAAACUGAGUGACGAAGAUCAACUUGCCACUUUUGUAACAGAUACUGACAGAGAAACUCUGUGUCAGACUUUGGAUGAUACUGAGAAUUGGCUGUACGAGGAAGGAGAGGAUUGUCAGCGACAAGUUUAUUCAGACCGGCUUUCUCGUCUGAAGUCACAAGGGGAACCUAUAAGAGACCGGAAAUUAGAAUUUGAAGGUAGAAACCAGGCUGUUGAGGAACUUGCUGGUGCACUACAAAUAACAAAGAAAAGUUUGGAUCAAAUUAGACAAAGUGCUGCUGCUGCUGCUGCUGGUGGGCAAGAAGAAUCUAAGUACUCUCAUUUGACUGACGAAGAAAUUAAGAAAGUCGAAAAAGCAGUCGAUGACAAAUGGGCAUGGCUGGAAGAAAAACGAAUUGCGCUGUCAGGGCUUCAGCGUACGCAGCAACCACCUGUAACCGUUGCUCAGAUUCGAGCAGAGAAACAAGCGUUGGACAGCGCGGUUUUGCCUAUUCUUAACAAGCCUAAACCUAAGGCAGAACCGCCAAAGGAGGAUAAAUCAAAGGAAAAAACAGGUGAUGAUCAAAAAAACAAUCAGAAUAGCCAAGGAGAUGGGCAUAGCCAGAAUAAUAAGCAUCAACCAAACGAUGAUAAGAUGGAUGUUGAGUAGCGUCCAAAUUGGCGAUACCUAAAUGAAUAAUUUCACGUAUUUUCAUAAUAUCAAAUCAAAUCAGAUACUAUAUUAUCAUUCUCACCCUGGAGGUAGUCUCAUUGGCAUCAUGUCACUAAAGCGCCUCUUGUACUGAAUACUACGUCAUUGCUGUUUUUUUUUUUCUUUUUUGCAUAACUACUUGAUUAAAAUAAUUCAAUUACCAUAUUUAUUUUUAAACACAGAGUAUACAACUAUAAUGAAAAUUUAUGAAAUUGAUGACGAUCGUGUGGAAAUGCCUGUUAAGCAUCGUAAUACGCUGAUAAAAUGACAGCUAUUUCGAUUGUGAAUCUUUAUGUUUGGUAAUUUGAAGGUUUCCAUUUUUGUGACGUGUAUCUAGAAAAUUUUUAUAAUUACUUCUGUGGUAUGACAAGAUAGUUGUUGAAAUCGAUAAUUUCGUUAUACGGGGUACUCUGUGAUAAGAUUAUUUAUCAGAAUCUGGGCUAAGAUUUAUUCGAUAGCUAGUUCCUCAAUGUUUAAGAACCCCCCGCGACGUACAACAACCACGUAAUACAGAUAGUGGGAGUAAUUAUAUACGUUGUAAUUGAAAACGUACAAAGCAACAGCUGUAAUAGAUUUAGUAACUAAAUUAUGGAUAGGAAAUAUCGCUGGCGACUUAUGUGUUUAAACAAUAUGUCUAAUAUUCAUUCCACCGUUUCCUGGCCUGUAGUCAGAUUCUGCUGCUUUAAUACGCGUUGCAUUUACGUUACUUAAAUGAAUUAAUGUUUAAAAUAAAUCCAUAAAAUUAUGUACCGAGAUAUACACUGUGGUGUGAAAAAAAAUAUUGAGUAUAUUAAUAUUGCAAUAAAUAAUAACUAUUCACUAUCACAAGUAGUGACCCAUGUAUUUGAAACAU